ACUGAAAUGAGGAUCUACGGUGUUAUUCUUUUGAUUGCUUUAUUAGCACUUGAUUCCUGUAAUGCGGCGAGAUGUGUUUUAACGUGUCAUACAUUGGCUGGCGACUACACGUCCGUUGAGAUAUAAUCCAAGAACACAGCUUUUGAAUUUGAUUUCCUAAAGUAAAUAAUUGAUAUUGGUAAUGGAGGUGCAAUCAAGAGAAUGUUUACAAAAUAACUAGUAAUUUAUUUAAAAGCAUUUUGCAGACAUGUGUAUAAUGGAAAGUGAACGAAGAAGGAAUCUAUGAACAAUUAAAACUUUAAUCGA